AUGCCUCGAAACAAAUCCUCCUCAACGCUGAACUCGGUCUUUGGUGGAAAGUCUCCGCCGCUCCCCUCGGGUUCUCCUCCUCUUCCUUCUCUGCAGUCCGUCUCGAGCUCCAACACGAACCUUGCCGGCAUGAACGGUAGCAAGACUCCUCCACUCGGUUCCCGACCCGCCCCAUCGAACAACAACAGCAGCCGCUAUAGCAUCGCCGUGAGUACACACACGACCCUAUCUUGGCUACAGAAGACUGACACGAGAGCAGGGUACAUGUCCCCGCUAGCACCUCGUGUUGUCUCGGCAUCCGAGGGAUCGUGGGUCCACCAGAAAGUUCUUCUCAUCUACGGCCAGGUCGGUGACCCGUCACAACCACUCGACGGCGACAUUGUCGUCUGUUCGCACCAAGACUGCUUUCCUCCAAUGUCAUGGCCCGUCAGCGACUCGCACUUCAAAGCACUCGUCUAUCUACAACCAGGUCCCAACAGACUUCGCCUAGACUUUAUCCCUCGCCAGCGUAGACCUUCGCAAGGACAGAUGAACGGCACUGCCCACUCUUCCUAUUUCCAGAUCAACUAUCUUCCCAUGAACUCCUCUCCACCUCUUCACCUGGCCAUCUUGGUUGCAAAAGACUCACCUCGAACAUACGACGCUGUUCCUGACCGAAUAAAGACCGAGGGCAACGGCCUAGAAACAGCAGUGCGGAAAUUCCGCAUGGCUGCUUAUCUGUGGCAAGCCUUCACAGGCGAGCAGAUGAACAGGCAUGGUUUUGGCCGUCGCUGCUUCCGCUAUGAGGAGGAAUGGCAACAAGGUACCUUGACUGGUCGCGACCUCGCAACCGGGCAGAUGCGCAAUGAGGCCAAGAUCCAUGUCAUCACUCUAAACAAGACUGUUGCCGAGAUUCAAGACCUCAACAUAGCACAACAGUACGAGCCUGCGAAACAAAAGGGCGAUCUCUUCUCCGUCGCUAUGGACGCUGUCAAGAAUCACUUCAAGCCUCGACCGGGUCAGAAAGAGUACGUGUCUUGCAUGUACUUGGAUACACAUUGGGACUCCAAAGUUGGCACAGUGAGAGGACAUGCUGCUCUGGGAGGUGGUGACGAACAGGUCAAACUUGCCAUCUUUGGCUCUCACUCUCUGCAAUCAUAUCCUGCUCACCUGGAAGAGGUUGUACCCGCCUUUACUGACUGCACAAAAACUGACACGAGAUAUGUUGCCAACGACUGCAAUGAAAGCGGAAGCAAUUGGGAGGCUGCUAACAUCGGAAUCGGUGCCCACAUGCACGAGACCGGUCAUCUGUUCGGAUGCCCUCACCAAGAAUCAGGUGUCAUGCUUCGCGACUAUGUUCGUUUGAACCGCACUUUCACAACCAGAGAGCCCUACUGCACACGUACGCAAUCGCAAGGCAUGCGACUGUGUCUCCAACAGGAUGAAUGUGCAUGGCACAGACUGGAUGCUUUGAGGUUCAGACUGCACCCUUGUUUCGCUCUACCUACUGAUGUGAACAUUCCUCCGGAAGACAGCAUUCAGGUCUGGGCUGUUGACAAAGGAGCCGCUCUGGUUACUGCAAGCACUGGCAUUGCUUUCAUCGAGAUCUACACCGAGGGCGACGAACUCUGCCGUCACUGGAUCGAAUACCUGGACCCGAACAGCGGCUCCUCCGCAGGCGCACCUCGCCAAAUCACAUUGACAGAAGCCGAACUGAGAACCAAGGUCGGCGAGGCCAACAAGAACAAGAAGCUGAAAAUCAAGAUCUUCUCUCUUGGUCAGGGCGAUCAUGAAGUCGCCGACUUUGCCCAGCAUGUGAGCAAGGAUUCCAAGCUGAAGCUUCCCGACAGCCGAGUAGGCUUCAGAGGCUCAAAGGUCGGAUUCUCGCAAAUGGAUGGAACACAACCUCAAGAAGUGCUUCUACGAUCAUCACACGAGAAGCGCAAGCUUCUGGUUGCCAUCAGAGUCUUCCACGGUUUCGCGUUAGACGGCAUCGAGUUUGUGUACGAGGAUGGAGAGAACCAACUGUUCGGAAAGAGAGGUGGCAAGGAGGGCGGAGACGAGUUCCCCAUCAAUGCGCGAUUCGGCGAAACGCUGCUGGGCUUCAAUCUGAGAGCUGGUCUCUGGAUUGACGGUAUUCAGAUUCUGACCAGCGGCGGUCGUCGCAGCGAGUGGUACGGCAAUAAGGACGGUGGUAGCGGAUGCAGUCUGAUUCCUCCCAGAGGAUACAGUAUUGCCGGCGUCUACGGCACCUGCGGACAAUGGCUCGAUGGCUUCGGUCUCGUCAUCACGCGAUGA